GGAUUGAGCUGUAGUAGUAUGCGCGUGUAGUGUGUCCGAAUGUGUCUGUUUUUGGUCAAUUGUUGUAAUUAAGAAUAAAAUGUUGCCUGUACUAUAACGAAAUUGAUUUGCAAGUGCACUAGCAUGGACAGCAAGGCAGCGUCAUAUUUAUACAGCGGUGUUUAAUCAGGUUCUUCUAAGUAUGUGAGUAUGCUUCAUCCAAGGCUCUAAUACGAUGCUCCGUCUGAUAUCAUGUCACCGGUGGCAGACCUUCAUACGAACUGGAGUUUGGGUAAGAUGGUGCUCCACCUCUGUGAAACCCAAAUCCCAGCAGGGCUCAGAUCGGACCCGCCUGAACCCCCUCAACAUCCAGAUGCUCUCCAGGAACCUGCAGGAGCAGAUAUUUCGGGGUCAGACGCAGGAGUACACAGGUGAGGAUGUUGAACGCAGUAUAAGACACUUGAAGCAGCAUAAACUCUGGGGGAAAGAAACAGCCCUGUUACCUGACGUAGAACUCAAGUUACCUCAAAUGUACGGCAAUGACAUCGACGAACACUUCAGUUUACUUGCCCAAAAGCAGAGCCUUCCUUACCUAGAUGCGGCCAGUCAGCUUCAGAGAGCAAGACUUCCCAGGAUGCCCAAGGAAUGGGCUUGGGAAGUGGGCUGGACUCGGUAUGGGCCGGGCGGAGAGCGCCAAAGUGUGAAUUUCCCAGGUGAGAAAGCUAUCGUGUUUGAUGUGGAAGUCUGCAUGGAGGAAGGACACUGUCCUACGUUGGCCGUGGCGGUUUCCCCAAAUGCCUGGUACUCGUGGUGCAGUAAGAGGCUCAUAGAGGACAGAUACACCUGGUCUAGUGAUCUGAUGCUGUCUGAUCUCAUCCCUCUGGAGACCCCAGCAAACUCCACCCAACCGCGGGGCGGUGUAUGGCAGGAGAGGCUUGUGGUUGGACACAACGUGAGCUUUGAUCGGGCGCACAUUAAAGAACAGUACUUAUUGAAAAGCUCCAAAAUGCGUUUCCUGGACACAAUGAGUCUCCACAUGGCAAUCUCAGGUCUGACGGGAUUCCAGCGCUCACUCUGGAUGGCCAGCAAGUACGGCAAGAGAAAAGGGCUACAGGAAGUGAAGGAGCACAUGAAGCGCAUCGGCCGAAGAUCUGAGGGCCCGAUGAUUGGCUCAUGGGAAUGGGUUGAUAUUAGCAGUAUUAAUAACCUUGCUGAUGUUCAUGCUCUCUACGUGGGAGGAGAACCGUUGAGGAAAGAACAAAGGGAUCUGUUCGUGAAAGGCAGCAUGGCGGACAUUAGGACAAAUUUUCAGGAGCUGAUGCAGUAUUGUGCUCUUGAUGUUUUGGCCACACAUGAGGUCUUCAUUCAACAGUUGCCUCUCUUUAUGGAGCGGUGUCCUCACCCAGUGACACUUGCAGGUAUGCUAGAAAUGGGUGUAUGCUACCUUCCUGUCAAUCAGAACUGGAAGCGGUACUUGGAAGAUGCCCAGACCACUUAUGAAGAGCUGCAGAGAGAGAUGAAGAAAUCACUGAUGAUUCUGGCUGACGAUGCCUGCCAGUUAUUGGAGGAUGAGCGGUACAAAGAUGAUCCCUGGCUGUGGGACUUGGAUUGGGAUGUUCAGGACUUCAAGCUAAAGAAAAUACCUGUAAGCAAGAAGAAAGCCAAACAAGAGGCUGAGGCAACAGCAGCAGCAAAAGAAAAUGUACCCGAAGACUGGAACGAGGACCCAGGUCCUCCUUCAGAAGAAGAGCAGGCUGGUCUACACCCCAGUAGCGAGCUUUUACAGAGACUAAAAGAGACAGUCAGCUACCUGCCAAAGAGGAGACAGCACUUACCAGCCCACCCCAGCUGGUAUCGUAAGCUGUGUGUGAAAAUGUCUGAGGCCGAGGACUGGUCUCCUGGAGCCAGUCUUAUCAGUCUGCAGAUGAGGGUCACGCCCAAGCUGAUGGGCCUCACAUGGGACGGCUUUCCCCUGCACUACACCGACCAGCACGGCUGGGGUUACCUGGUACCAGGCCGCAGAGAAAACCUGGACACCUCAGAGAACCGUGAAGGACCUGUAUGUCCAUACAGGGCAAUUGAGAGCAUCUAUAAGGAGUAUUGUGAGCGCAAGGGAAAGGAACAGCCCCGGUAUCUGGACAGCCCACCUUCUGAUGACUUCAUGUUGACGGACAGUGCUGUGUGGCAGACGGUUGAAGAAGUGAGUCGACUGGAAGUGUUUGAUGAUGAAGUGCAGAGUACAGCAGGCCCAUCCAAGAGGAUCAAGAAAAAACUAAAUUCAUUCGUUGAAAAUGGAAACGGCGAGUGUCCCUAUCACAAUGGAAAUGGACCAUACAAUGAUGUCAACAUCCCUGGAUGCUGGUUCUUCAAACUGCCUCAUAAGGACGGAAAUGACAACAAUGUGGGUAGCCCCUUCUCUAAAGACUUCCUGUCGAAAAUGGAGGAUGGUACACUUCAGGCAGGACGACAAGGCACCAACGCCACACGAGCGCUUGAGAUCAACAAGAUGAUGUCAUUCUGGAGAAAUGCUCAAAAACGCAUCAGCUCCCAAAAGGUGGUAUGGCUCCGUAGGGCAGAACUGCCGCUCUCUGUCAGACGACAUGAUGACUUUGAUGAGGAAGGACAAUAUGGUGCCAUUUUACCACAGGUCAUCACAGCUGGAACCGUCACUCGCAGAGCUGUAGAACCGACGUGGCUGACUGCAAGUAAUGCUCGGAAAGAUCGUGUAGGCAGUGAGCUGAAGGCCAUGGUGCAGGUGCCUCCUGGGUAUCACCUGGUGGGAGCAGAUGUGGACUCUCAAGAGCUGUGGAUCGCUGCCAUACUGGGCGAAGCACAGUUUGCAGGAAUGCAUGGAUGCACAGCGUUUGGAUGGAUGACGCUCCAGGGAAAGAAAAGUCAGGGCACGGAUUUGCACAGCCGUACCGCAGAUACUGUGGGCAUUAGCCGUGAACAUGCCAAGGUCUUCAACUAUGGCCGGAUUUAUGGAGCCGGCCAGCCGUUUGCUGAGCGACUGCUAAUGCAGUUCAAUCACAGACUAAGCCAACAGGAAGCAGCUAGUAAAGCUCGCCAGAUGUACGCACUUACCAAAGGACUGCGAGGUAGGCAAAAAAAAAAAGAAAGAGCUGAGGAUGACAGCAUAUCACUCCAGGAUUUGCGUAAAAUCUCCAAACUGGCAGCUCAAAGCACCACCAGAGGGAGCAAGAGGAAGUGGAAUCUCGCAGGGCAGCGUGUGUGGGCAGGCGGUACAGAAUCAGAGAUGUUCAAUAAGCUGGAAAGUAUCGCCCACUCUGAGGAACCAGCCACUCCAGUGCUUGGCUGCAGGAUUUCCAGAGCUCUGGAACCUUCUGCUGUUCAGGAUGAGUUCAUUACCAGCAGAGUAAACUGGGUGGUUCAGAGUUCAGCGGUGGACUAUCUUCAUCUAAUGCUGGUGGCCAUGCGGUGGCUGUUUGAGGAACACAACAUUGACGGGCGCUUCUGCAUCAGUAUUCACGAUGAGGUGCGUUAUCUGGUGACGAGUGAAGAUUGUUACAGAGCUGCACUGGCCCUGCAGAUCACCAACCUGCUCACCAGGUGCAUGUUCGCCUAUAAACUAGGAAUGAUGGACUUGCCACAGUCAGUGGCUUUCUUCAGUGCGGUGGACAUCGAUAAGUGCUUACGGAAGGAGGUGACUAUGGACUGCGUGACUCCAUCCAACCCCACAGGAGUGGAGCGGAGAUACGGGUUAAGACAAGGUGAGGCGUUGGACAUUUAUCAGAUUAUAGAGAUCACCAAAGGCUCGUUGGCCAAAGGAAAACAGCAAGCUACAAGGAUAUAAUAUUUGUGGCAUGAA